AUGUGCUCACAAUGCUGGAAGGCCUUUACUACAUCCGGAGCGUUACGAGUUCACCUAAGAACCCACACUGGUGAAAAACCUUACGAGUGCAAAGAGUGCGGGAAGACGUUUUGCCAGCUGGGCGGACUUAAAGUUCACAGACGUGCUCAUUCAGGAGAGAGGCCUUACAUGUGCUCCGUGUGCGAGAAGCGUUUCAAGGGACAUGCCAAUUUGAUCGCACACAUGCGCAUUCACACAGGAGAAAAGCCUUAUCGAUGCACCGUAUGCAACAAGACGUUCACCGACAACAGGAGACUAAAAGAGCACGAGCCACCUCAAUCAGAAGAGAAACCAUUUCGCUGCGGUGUUUGUAGUGAAGCUUUCACCGCUUUCUGUCAACUUAAAGAACACCAGCAGUGUCACAAAGGAGAGAAGCACCAUCACUGUACUGAGUGCGGAAAGGCCUUUACGCAUUUGUAUUUGCUAAGGAGUCACCAGCGUGCACACUCGGAUGAGAGACCAUGUUCCUGCACUGACUGUGGAAAGUGCUUCCGCCGGUCAUUUGACCUGAAAAUGCAUGUGAACACUCACAGCGAAGCACGACCUAAUCUUUGCUCUGAGUGUGGAAAGAGCUUCUGCAGGGCUGCAGAGCUUAGGAUACAUCUGAGGGUACAUACGGGAGAAAAGCCUUAUCCCUGCUCCGUCUGCGGCAUGGGCUUCAAACAGACAUCACAGCUCAGAGUGCAUGAGCGCACUCACACAGGAGAGAGGCCAUUCCCCUGCCCGGACUGUAGGAAGACCUUCAAAGACAAGAGAAGUCUGCUUACACACCAGAGAGUGCACCAUAAAUAA